CGACAUGACGGAGCUCCUCACCACAGUGCAGUCCAUCAUGAGCUUCCAGCGGCAGAGCAGCCAGGAGGACGGCAGCCAGAGGAAGAAGAGCUCGCUGUGGUACCGACGCUCCCUCAGGGGGGGCAGCAGCGGACUCAGACAGGACACCAAAUCUCUGCCGAGACCAAGCAAGCCCAAACAAGCCUGCAAACAGCUGGUGGACUACUCCAAUCCACAACGGACUACAGUCACUCUGGAAAAACAAGACAAUGAAACCUUUGGUUUUGAACUGCAGACGUAUGGCGUGCAGCUGAGGCACAGCGCUGCGGUGGAGAUGUGCACCUUUGUUCUCACGGUGGAGGAGGAGAGCGCUGCAGAGAGUGCAGGUCUGGCUGCAGGGGACGUGAUCGUCAGCAUCAACGGGACCAGUAUUGAAGGAUCUUCACAUCAGCACGUGCUGGACCUGAUCAGAGAGUCGGCCAACACUGUCAAGUUGGAGACGGUCUAUGGCAGUGUGAUGAAGUGGAUCGAGCUGGAGAAGAGGCUGAAUGUGCUGAAGCAAUCUCUGAGCCAGAAACUACUUGAACUACAUUCUUUGAACUCCAGAGAAAGUCAGCUGACAAGAGGCAACAUGAACAUGAUGGUCGACUUCCCUGACACAGAUGACAAAAGCCGUCUUACUCGUCGCUCCUCCAGCUGCAGCAGCUACAGGAGCACCAUGACGGACGACAGUGACCUCAACAGCGUGUUCGAGGACCUGAGCUCUCCCUUCAGUGCGGCCAGCGCCAGCGACGAUGGCUGCUUCUUCUCCAGAGACUUUCCUCUCCCGUCCAGUUUCAGCCAACAGCAUCCUCACCGCAGCCUCAGUCGCUCCAGCAGCUCCAGUGUUGCGAGCAGCACCAGCUCUAGCUCCCCCACCGCCGACGAAGUGAGGAUCUCGUCCCUGUUCGGGACCCUGCCGAGGAAAGGAAGGAGAACCAGCAUGAGGAAGAACAUCCUCAAGUUCCUUCCUGGACUCCAGAGAUCAGUUGAGGAAGAGUAGCGAGACACGAUAAUCCUCUUUCGUUGGUGAUGAAUUCGAUUUCUGCUGUUGUCACCUGUUCACUCUACAGCAAGCGACUCACAACCCACCUCCACCCUUGCCUCACACUGAGGGGGGUGAAGGUCUGUCCUCGAGUUUGCGUGGUAGACGCCAUGUUUGUAUCGUGGACCUGUGGUGUUGAAACUCAGAGGGAUGAAGCGAAAACUUCCUCUUUGUCCUGUUGCCACAGCAACUAAACAAACUAGUUAGAGCUCUAACUGAUUUGAAUAUGUCGAAGCUUCUGCUGAGACAUAACCUGAAACCAUGGAUGUAGCAUGGCUGCGACUGCAAAGUCAUCUGGAGGAGUUUAAAGCAACUGUCAAGCGUGAACCUGGCCUGAAUGUUUGUGUGAGUUCAUGUCAACACCCCCACACCUUGUCACCAGACCAUGGUGCUAGCCCGCUGACAACAGGAUGUGGCGGCCGAGGCGCUCGAGCGAACCGCCUUUCUCUUUCCAUGUCAAUUUUCUGUAUCAUUUCCUGUAAACUGCUGCUGUUUCUGACUCAAGAGUUGUUCAUGCAAGCAUUAA